CACGCCCAAAUCUUGUAGUUACUAGUGUCCUCCUGUACCUGCAUCUUGUAGUUACCCCUAUAUCUGCAUCAUUAUACCACGCCCAAAUCUCUCCUAAGCGACUCUCUUUCUCUGAUCUCUCUCAUCUCUGUUUAUGUAAACAGGAAUGGCCUAUCCUGCUGGACUCAGCCUCCUUGUUCUUCUAGCUUCUAGUCUUAAGAAUAAUUCUCUCUUCUAAUCCUCUGAUCUCUCCCUGAUCUCCCUAAUCUCUGGCUCUCUCUAUUGUUGGGCUGAAGAGGAAUGGCUUUCCCUGUUGAACUCAGGGUCCUUAUAAGUAUUGUUCUGGUCCUAAUCUUUGUUCCUCUAGCUUCUAGUCUUGAUAAUACUGAUCACUACUGUCCUCCUUCUUCCUGUGGCAAUAUCCCCAACAUCAGCUAUCCGUUUCGACUAAAAGGCGAUCCACCAAACUGUGGAGACCAAGGGUAUGAGCUCUCAUGUGAUGAUAACAACCACACGUUGUUAUCUUUAUAUGAUGGUAGUAAAUACUACGUAAGCCAAAUCAAUUACAACAACUACACAAUCCGAAUUGUAGACUCAGGUAUUCAGGAGGAUAAUUACUCCUUCAUCCCUCGUUAUUUUCUAAACGGUGGUAAUUUCAGUAGCUCGGAUUGGACGGGCUGGGAUCAAUAUCUGCAAUUUGGGAGUAUUAACAGUUUAAACAUGCCAACAGUACUAUCAGAAGUUGUGGCUAUUGUGAACUGUGAAAAGCCAGUGAAUUGGGCUUCCUCUUUGAUCCAUCGGGACACGACUUCUACGAAGUGUUCUAAUAUUAAUAAUGGAUCUGUGCCUUCUUCCAACUCCUCUUUUUCUCAAUAUUCCAAAUGGUACUUAUAUCUUAUUGUUGGCUAUGGAGCGAAUGUGAUGGAUGUGGAGGAGUCGUGCACGAUAGAGCAAAUGUCUCUGAUAUCGUGGCCAGGACUAAUUUAUGAUGAUCAUUCUAAUAUUUCCUGUACAGACAUCCGCAAUGUAUUCUCAUAUGGUUUUGAGCUUUCAUGGUACCGGCUUUAUUGUGGAAGCUGCGGCAUUUACAGGGAUUGCUACCUCGAUGACCAUAAUCAACCUCAAUGCGACAGAUUUUUGAGAAAUAUACCUACUUGGGUUAUUUUCUUAGAAGAACAGGUCGGAACUGCCGCUAAGUAUACUGGAUUGUUAUGGCUCAACGGCAAAUUAACCAAACUACGAGCUGUCAGUACUGCAGAAUAUUAUGAAUGGACUACUUAUGGGUAUCACUAUAUCCACUACUAUCCCAUAGCAGAUUUGGCAACUUUAUUAAUUGAAUUAGUACUGCUCGAAUGGCGUUUGUCAAUCAGUGUAUUAGGUGCUCCAUUUGUAAUUGCUUUUUUUAUAUAUAAAUGGCGAAGGAGGCACUUGUCCAUGUAUGAUGAAGUUGAAGAAUUUCUACAAAGCCAAAAUAACUUCAUGCCAAUAAGAUACUCUUUCUCAGAAAUUAAGAAAAUGACCAAAGGUUUUAGGGAAAGAUUGGGUGAAGGAGGAUUUGGCACAGUAUUUAAAGGAACACUUCGAAGUGGACGUCUUGUAGCAGUAAAGAUGUUAAGCCAAUCCAAAGCAAAUGGGCAAGAUUUUAUCAAUGAAGUAGCAACCAUUGGAAGGAUCCAUCAUGUGAAUAUAGUGCAACUCAUUGGUUUUUGUGUUCAUGGUUCAAAGCGUGCCCUUAUAUAUGAGUUCAUGCCCAACGGAUCUCUAAACCAACACAUUUUUUCAGCAGAGGCAAAUAUCCUCAACUACGAGAAAACAUAUGGUAUUGCUUUAGGAGUGGCUCGCGGGAUUGAGUAUUUACAUCAAGGAUGUGACAUGCAAAUUUUACAUUUUGACAUUAAGCCACACAACAUUCUUCUUGAUGAGAAUUUGAAACCCAAAGUUUCGGAUUUUGGCUUAGCGAAAUUGUACCCGGUGGAAGAUAGUAUUGUUCCUUUGACUCGUGCAAGAGGAACGCUUGGAUACAUGGCUCCUGAAAUGCUUUACAAAAAUAUUGGAGGCGUUUCAUACAAAGCUGAUGUCUAUAGCUUUGGAAUGUUGUUGAUGGAAUUGGUGAGCAGAAGAAAGAACUUGCAUGCAUCUACAGAACAUUUAAGCCAAAUUUACUUCCCCACUUGGAUAUAUGAUCAAUUCCAUGAUGGAAAGAAUAUAGAAAUUGAAGAUGCUACUGAAGAUGAAAGAAAACUAUGUAAGAAGAUGAUGAUAGUUGCAUUAUGGUGCAUACAAUUGAGGCCUAGCGAUCGUCCAUCAAUGAUCAAAGUCAUCAAAAUGCUUGAAGGAGAUGUUGAAUGCUUACAAGUUCCUCUCAAGCCUCUCCAACCAUCACCAAAGAGAGAGAUAAAGGGUGCUAGAGAUAAUUCAAAUCAAGCUUCAUCAUCAAUUCAAUCAGAUGAAUCAAGCCUUGCUUAAUUUCUAUUGUUUAUCUUUCUAAAAUUGAGCUAUCUCUUUUUAUCCUUUUUUAAGAGAAGUUUGCUUCAAACCCACGAAAAAAGAGAAGUUCGACAAUAUAAGGUCAUAAUCUUUCUACGUUUGUUGUAGUAUAUAUACUUCGCAGUGCCCUAAAAAUAAG